CACUUGCCACGUUAGCGAACCCAAAAUAUAAAAUUUGAAAUUGUUUAAUUAUUUUCAUUAUCUAAUAACAAUAAUAAUUAAUAAAAAAAUAAAAGUGAACAUAUUAAUUAUUAUUAUUAUUAAAAAAAUUCAAAAAAAUUAUUUCGGGUUUGCUGACGUGGCAAGUGACUUGGCGUUUGACAAACGGUCAAUGGAGUUGACCAUCCAAUUAACGGUGAAAAUUUUGCGUCGGGCCAAUGAAGAAAGUAUGGUGCAUAGUUUGGACCAGAGGAAAAAUUUCAGAAACCACAGACCAAGGUAGAAAGUUUGGAUAUAAUUCGGACCAAAAUAAGAUAUUAACUUUUUUUAAACAUUAGUAAGAACUACUACAUCACCUUCGAGGCUGCUGACCUGCUGUCUUCUUAUCGUGAUCGUGCUACGAGAACCUAUGAAGCUGAGGUUUAUCAGAACAUCGUGGCAAACUAUCGACGACACUAUUUCAUGAGAAAAGCCAGAAACAAAGCAUUCGAGAAAUGGAAGACCGCCCACGCACCUGCAUGUGAUGAAUGAGAGCGGAUCCCAUGACUAAGGGGGGGUCCUUAGUCACUUGACUAAGCCCCUCCUAGCCAUUAGAUCUGGACACUUCAAUUCAAUGGUUAAAAAGUCGGAAGGGCUAUUUAAUUAAUGACAUGGGUAGUUUGGGUAUUAUGGAAAAUUAUGAAGUAUACAAACCGGAUUUACAAUCAGUACAAACCAUACAAACAUACGAACAAUACAAAAUAGAGCGACAAAACAUACAAACAGAUUCACAAACAUUACAAACGUAUGAACUUUGCAAACAAUACAAACUAGACCGACAAACUAUACAAACCAUACAAAAAGAAAAAAACAACCGGGUUGACUUUGGAGGCUCCAUCCCUAUAUAGAGGGGCUCCUUCCCAAAGUCAACCCUGGUGUUUUUUAGACAUACAAAACAGUACGCACAUGGUGGACAAAAAUGAAAAACUAGACCGACAAUCCAUACGAACUGAAAAAACACCCAGGUUGACUUUGGAGGCUUCAUCCCUAUAUAGAUAAGUUUCAUCCAAAAGUCAACCAGGUUGUUUUUUAGACAUAAAAAACAUUACAAACAUGGUUGACAAAAAUAACAAAGUUUACAAACAUUACAAAAUAACAAAGCAUACAAACAUUAUAAAAUAUGUCAACAAACAUCACAAAGCACGGUCUGAUGGAUGGAUGCGAACGAGGCCAUGAUCAAGUGGCCGUCCGCUAAUUUCCAAUUUGGAGGUCACAGAUUUGAAUUCAAAGAAUGCUAAUGCUACUCAUUUUUCCCCUUUCAUUACUCUUUUAGUAGCACCUUGUAACCGUUCUUCGUAAAAAAAAAUAAAAAAACUGAUGGGUAGAUGAUUUAGAAUAAAAAAGGGUCGCAUGAUUUGGGCCUUUUAGAAAAGCCUGCAUCUCAGCCCAAAACUGAGUAUGAAAGAAAUUGGAGAAGCCUGCUUCUCGGGGUUUUUUGACUCGGGAUUUAGAAUUCCAAACUUGCAAACAAAACACGGCCUUCAUCUUUGUUUUCCCUCUCAAUUCUUCUACUGCUGGGAGCCAAGCGAAACCCUAGCUUUCCUUCGGAUCAAAAUGUCCCGAGUUUACUAAUAAUCAAGCGCGGAGGCUAUGAUCACUCUCUCACCCUGACAUGUGAGUCCCCUGUUUGUUCUUCUUAGUUCUUUUUCUAGAUUGAUUCUGUGUUUCUAAUCCUCCGAUUAUAUCUCAUAGUUGAAAAGACGCAGCUAUGAACAAUAACAAGAAAGCCGGGGGGAAAAGACGGCGGGACAGGUUAAGCAGUCUCCCGGAGCCCAUUAUCCAUCACAUCCUUUCGUUCCUGGACACAAAAUCCGCCGUUCAAACCUCCGUGUUGUCCCGAUCAUGGAGAUCCGCCUGGAAACAUGUCCCUGCUCUAGACUUGGAUCAGUAUUCCUUCCAACAUUACUCGAGCUUCCACCGGUAUGUGGGGAAGGUUUUGUCCCUUCGCUAUCCCCUUCACCUCGAGACGGUGAGGUUUGUAGACGAUGAGCUUAGGUCGGAUGGCAGAGACGAUUCUCUGGUGAUUAGGGUCAUCCAAUAUGCCUUGUCCCAUGAUGCUCAACAUCUGGUGAUUUACCAGGGAAAUGACAUCAUAUCACGUGACAUUUACAGAUUCUCCGAUGUGUUUGGCUCGGUCUCAAGUCGCAACAAUCUGAAAAGCCUAAGAUUAUCUGGUUUCGAGCUUGAUCGAGGGUUUGGAUCUCCUUGUUCUUGGAUGCUGACAACUUUGCAUUUGGUGACUUGUCUCGUGGCUUGGGAUCAGGAGGUCCUUGAGCCAUUCUCUAACUGUCCUUGUCUCAAGUAUUUGGUUAUUAGUGAUUGGCUUUGGCUCUCUGAUGGGAUCCCUUGCUAUGAUGUUGAUGAAAAGCGCAUCAAGAUACAUGGGCUCGAAUUGCUUAGUCUGAAAUUGGAAUCUGUGCAGUUUCGUUAUGUCGACAUAUUUGCACCGAAGCUCAAAUUCUUCGGAUUUUGGGUUGACGACGUGCAAUUCAGAAGUUACUCCAAUUUAAGCCUACCGUCCCUUGAUCAUGCUGAUAUUGGGUUCACAGGGGACCUGCGUUUUGUUGAGAAAGAGAAGGAGUAUAUGAAGACGCAGCUGAUCAAUCUAUUACAAGGUUUGCAUAAUGCAAAAUCCUUGACCCUGAACAGGGAUUCCACCUUUCAGGUGUUGAGUAGAAUUUGUGGGCUUCUGGACGAUGAACCUUCUCCUUUUCUGAGACUGGAGUCCUUGAUCAUAGAUGAUAAGAUUGAGAAUCUGCCUUACAAACUCGUCAAUUACUUUUUCAAGGGAUCUUCUUGUGCAAGUCCAAAUAUUCAGUAUAUCAAGGCCUAGCUGGUGUUGACCACUUUUGCCAGAGUUUCUGAUAGUGGUAUGCAACUGGUUAGUGGGUUUAAUCCUUUCAGGUCAUUUAGGAAGAAUGGUGGUACCUGUUAGUUGACAUUGCUUGAACAUGUUUUGCAUCACUUUGUUAGGCUGAAGCUAGUUAGUUAGGCUGUUAACAUGGUUAUUCCUGAAGUAUGCUAUUUCAUUUUGGUUGUUACUUGUUAGUCGAAUUUUGUAAUUCUCUUAAGAACACUAAGAACCAGUUGAUCCCAAUAACUCGAGUUGUUGGGAGAAGGUUUGCUGGAUCUUAUACCACUCUCUAACACGCCCCCUCAAACGAAAACCAACUCAUGGGCUUGAAGUUUGCACAGGCCCACCAUACCUUGUGCUUUAAUCAACUGGUAAUAUUGGGGGUCGUGGAGAUUCGAACACACGACCAUUUGGUCAAACCAGCUCUGAUACCAUGUCAUGAUCAGUUGCUACCAAUAACUCGAAUUGUUGGGAGAGGUUCAAUCAUGGAUCAUAUACCACAACACUAACACGCCCCCUCAAACGAAAGCCACUCACAAGAACUUGAAGUUUGCACAGGUCUGAAGACAAGAAUACCAUGUGCUUAACAAAUGGGGGUCACCGGGAAUCGAACACAAGACCUCUUGGUCACAGAAGGCUCUGAUACCAUGUCAAGAACCAGUUGAUCCCAAUAAAUCGAGUUGUUGGGAGAAAGUUAUGCUGGAUCUUAUACCACUCUCUAACACACUGGUCAUCCCUAACAUAACAGAUGCUAACAUUUAUUGUAAGCUCUUUGUUUUCCAUUAAAAUUCAUCUUGUACCACAUCGAUUAAAUACGAGGGAUUAAAUGGCUUUAUAAGGCCAACUUAAUUAUAAUCAUUAAAAUCAAUUAAGAUGAGUCAUGUGGAUUGAAUUUUUGGGCCCAUGACACCCAUGCCAUCAUGCGUGCCGUACACCUCCAGGACAUGGUGAGGGGGGUGAUAGCCGAAUUUGUCUAAGGAAAGGAGUAUGAGAAGCCCCCCCCGCUCGACGUUCGACUCGAGAAAAGCUCGUUCGAAACUCGCCGAACACGAGCUAACCUUUGUUCAGCUCGUGAAGCUCGCGAGCUAGCUCGACUCGGUGGCUUGUUGAGCUAAACUCGUGAGCUGGCUCGUUUAGAGCUCAUGAUAUGUCUUAACAUGUGGUUAAAGAGCCAACUCGAUUACCAACUUAUGGACGAAUCAAUCUAUAUCUUAUUAUUUUAAUUUAUAUGGUUGUUAAAUUAUAUAUCUCACCAUAUAUAAGGUUUAACACGUUGAGUAUGUGAGCAAAUAUAUCUUAUUUUCUACUUUAAAAAGAAAUUAUGCAUCAUAGAUUGCUUCGAUACUAUGAAAUAACAUGAUUUGGAGAAGUUAAAAUUUAUUAACUAAAUAAGAUAUGAUACCAACAAAGUAUAAUAUGAGAUUAGCUAACAAAAUAAAUCAUAUGUAUCAUG